UGGGAUCAAUGGGGCUGAGGGAUCAGAGAUCAGUGUGGCCACGGGAUAAGUGUGGCUAUGGGAUCAGUGUGGCAAUGGGAUCAGCGUGGCCACAGGAUCAGUGGGGCUGUGGGAUCAGCUUGGCCAUGGGAUCAGUGUGGCCAUGGGAUCAGUGUGGCCAUAGGAUCAGCUUGGCCAUGGGGUCAGCUUUGCCAUGGGAUCAGUGUGGCCAGGGAUUCAGUGUGGCCUCAGGAUCAGCAUGGCUGUGGGCUCAGUGUGGCCACAGGAUCACUGUGGCCAUGGGCUCAGGUGUGGCUGUGGGCUCGGUGUGGCCAUGGGAUCACCGUGCUCAUGGGAUCACCGUGCCCAUGGGAUCACUGUGCCCAUGGGAUCACCGUGUCCAUGGGAUCACUGCUCCCAUGGGACCACCGUGCUCAUGGGAUCACUAUUCCCAUGGGAUCACUGUUCCCAUGGGAUCACUGUGUCCACGGGAUCACCGUUCCCAUGGGAUCACCGUGCCCAUGGGAUCACCGUGUCCAUGGGAUCACCGUUCCCACGGGAUCACCGUUCCCAUGGGAUCACCGUGUCCAUGGGAUCACUGCUCCCAUGGGAUCACUGUGUCCACGGGAUCACUGUGCUCAUGGGAUCACCGUGUCCAUGGGAUCACUGUUCCCACGGGAUCACCGUGCCCACGGGAUCACCGCGCCCACGGGAUCACCAUUCCCAUGGGAUCACUGUGUCCAUGGGAAUCACCGUUCCCAUGGGACCACUGUGUCCAUGGGAUCACCGUGCCCACGGGAUCACUGUGCUCAUGGGAUCACUGUGUCCAUGGGAUCACUGUUCCCAUGGGAUCACUGUGUCCAUGGGAUCACUGUUCCCACGGGAUCACCGUGCCCAUGGGAUCACUGUGUCCAUGGGAUCACCGUGCCCAUGGGAUCACUGCUCCCAUGGGAUCACUGUGCUCAUGGGAUCACUGUGUCCAUGGGAAUCACCGUUCCCAUGGGACCACUGUGUCCAUGGGAUCACCGUUCCCAUGGGAUCACUGUGUCCAUGGGAUCACUGUGCUCAUGGGAUCACUGUUCCCAUGGGAUCACUGUGUCCAUGGGAUCACUGUUCCCAUGGGAUCACUGUGUCCAUGGGAUCACCGUGCCCACGGGAUCACUGUUCCCAUGGGAUCACUGUUCCCAUGGGAUCACUGUUCCCAUGGGAUCACUGUUCCCACGGGACCACCGUGCUCAUGGGAUCACCGUGGCCACGGGAUCUCUGUGGGAUUCCCAUCUGCGAUGCUGAGGGAUCCCGCCUGCUGCAUUCCUGCUUUUUCUGGG